AUGCUGCAGACGAGAGUGACAUCAUCUCAUCGCAGUUCCGAUCGUCGUACAAGUCGCCGUUACAGGGACGAUCAUCAUCGCCGGUCAAGAAGUGUGGAGCGUCGUCAUCGAAACCGCCGUAGCCGGUCCGGUUCAUCGCGAGAUCGUGACUAUCGUCGAUCAGUGUCUCGCUCGCCACCGAGAAGAUCCAGCUACCGGAAACGGUCUCCAGUCUCGACCCGGUCUAAGAUACGUGUCGAUUCUCCGGAACCUAGCCGCUGCUUGGGUGUUUUCGGACUGAGCGUGUUUACGACCGAACCGUACCUGAACCGAAUCUUUUGCCACUUUGGUACGGUGGAAAAUACGGUUGUGAUCUACGACGCCAAGACACGAUUGUCGCGAGGAUUUGGAUUUGUGUACUUCAAGACAAAGGAGGAAGCAUCCGUUGCACGUGCCCAUUGCAACGGUCUGCAUAUACACGGUCGACGAAUGCGAGUCGACUAUUCCAUCACGGAACAGCCCCACGCUCCAACACCGGGAGUUUAUAUGGGAAGGAAAAAUGAAAGUCGCACUCCAUCACCGCAUAGCCACCGGACGGGCACUGAAAGGAGUCGUCAUCGACACCGGUCUCGCUCCUGUUCUGUUUCAUCAUACUAUGGUAGAUAA